AUGUUUAGGGGAUUCCAGGCUGCUGCAGCACUGCAACAGGGAACUGGGGACUUGAGCCCUGAAGCCAUUGAGGUUAAAGGUUUCUCUACUGUAACUUCCAGGACGUCGGGCACAAUCGCGGCGGAGUUAGAUGGCAACUUCAGUGAUAUCGCUCGAGCAGGCAGUCUGCAUGAGUUUCUGCUUGACCUACAUAACCAGCUUGGAGACAUUGCUGGUUUCUGGUGGGGACAGACCUAUGUGGUCAGCAUUGCUUCACCUGAACUGUUCAAAGCCCAUGCCCAUGUGUUUGACAGACCGGGUACGCCUUUUAUGCAGAAAGUUCAAAUUGGAUAUAAUACCAAUAACCCCGUAUGCCCCAAAACUGACGAGCGCCUGAUUCCACCACGUCGAGACACAUAUAUUCUCUUGAAUGAAUUUUUUCAUGUUUCAGGUGAACUUUUUAAGUUUGUGGAAGCACUGUUUGGUAGCUAUUCCUUGCAGUAUGCCAACGGUCCUGAAGGAUGGAGAAGAAGACAGGAGUACAGCCGCCCAUUUUCUCACGAAAGACUCAAGAAAUACUUACCCGCAUUUCAAGAGGUAAAUCGGUUUUCCCAAGAGAAAGCAAACAGCUGGAAAAGGGACUUUUCUCUCAUGUUCAGUGGGAUGGAGAGUCAACACAUUUAUGUUGACACUGGGGAAUCGCCGGUAGAGGCAGAAGUGAUAAACAUCCUUGCAGAAAACGUGGAGAAGAAGUGGUGCAAAGGUGAGAGUGACCCCAUACCAGUUGGUGAGGACAUGGCAUCAUUUUCAAUUCGUUCGACUUUGUCAACUCUGAUGGGAGACAGUUUCCUUGAUGAGAAACUGGUGCAGAGUGUCAUUAAAGCCUACAAAACGGUAUGGAUUGAGCUGGAGCGCCGUCUAACAGACUCCGUCCCUCCUGAUGAGAACGAUUCAAGAGAAAAGCUCUUCUCUGAAGAAUGGUUUCGACUUUUUUCCUCUGUCUUAGCUCUCCAGCAUCUGCACACGACUGUGAAGGAGGUUGUAGAACACCGACAGGAGAACAAACUCCUAGACCAGCAGCUUCUGAUUGAUGUCAUCCUGCAGUAUACGACAGAUGAGGAUAUGCUCAUUUCUGACAUUAUACUUUUUAUGGUUGCAUCUUUCCACACAUCUGCCAACUUGUUGACAUGGGCCAUGUAUUUCCUGGCCACUCACCCUGACGUUCAGAGCAAGCUGCACUCGGAGAUUGUCCAAGUCUUGGGCCAGAAAGGCGCCGUGACAGAUUCCAACUUCGGCCAGCUUCGGUACCUCCAGCAGGUACUCCAGGAAACGCUGCGCUGUGCUGUUGUGUCUCCGUGGGGCGCCCGGGUCCAGGACGUCGACUCUGUGCUUGGUGGACACAAAGUUCCCAAAAAUACCCCAGUGAUUCACGCUCUUGGUGUCGUCUUGCAGAAUGAAAAGCUGUGGCCUCUUCCAAAAAGGUUUGACCCUGAUCGCUUCAGUACUGAAAAUAGCAAGGAUCAACCGACAUAUGCAUUUUCCCCGUUUGGAUUUGCUGGCAAAAGAACUUGCCCAGGAUAUAAAUUCGCCAACAGAGGAAGCACUGUGUUGAUAGCCACUCUUAUCAAGAAGUUUGAGGUGAGCAUGUGGAGUGACCAGGUGGUGAAGCCUGUCUUUGGUUUAGUCACCCGUCCACAUGAAGAAAUCUUGCUCAAGGUGUCCAGAAGGAAAUGAACAGACUGGCAGCGAAAAUUUUGCUCGUCAAACUUACAGCUGAUGUUUUUGUGUUUGUGUUAGUACAGGUACUUUUUAAAAGAAUGUCUACUUUCCUUCCUGGCUCAAAAUGGCGUUUGUAUUGUCAGUUCUCCUGAAUACCAAGGCCCUAUCCUAUAGCUCUGCUGCUGCAAGUAUUUCGACAAUUUAAAAAAACAUUCAUGUUUUAAAUAAAGAGUUGUUAUCAACAAAAAAGCCCA